UUAAAGACACACUUCGCGUGCCCGUUAGUCUGGGAAAGAAGUGCACGAGAAGACCUGGGCAACCUCCAGAGAUGGCUUUUCGGUUGUUUGAAGGGAAGGAGCACGCCGCUGUGUAUCAGAAGUUCCGCUUUCCUCCGCCUGAAGAGAUUAAAAACACAGUCCUGAAGUAUCUGGACAGCAAAAAGAAAAAGCCUCAUGUUCUGGCUGUGGAUAUCGGCUGUGGGACAGGGCAAGUGAGCAGAUCUCUAGCGCCACACUUUGAGAAGAUAAUUGGGGUGGACAUCAGUGAGGCCCAGUUAGAAGAAGCCAGGAAAGAAACCAACUUGACUAACGUCAAGUACAUAAAAUGUCAUGCAGAAGACCUUCCUGCUGAUGAUGGCUCUGUGGAUUUGAUCACAGCCGCUCAUGCUGCCCACUGGUUUGACAAAGAAAAGUUUCUGAAGGAAGCCAACAGGGUCCUGAAGCCCGGGGGGUGCAUGGCCCUGUUUGGGUUCACCACGGAGAUUGAUUUUUCCUUUCCUGGAGUAAACCCUGGACGUUUAACAGAUAUUUUUGAAGAGGAAUUUGAGCACAUGCUGCCUUACAGAAGCAAACCGGUAUUUGUGAACGAUUCUAUGUUGCAAGAAUUGUUUGAGGCCAUCGACUAUCCUGACAAGGAAAGGAUUGAAAACCUACCAGUCAAGAGGCCCACAUCAGUGUCUGGCGCUGUUGGUUUUAUCGAGUCAUUCUCUGUGUAUCAGUGCUUCCUAAGAGCAGAGCCAAGUGCUGCCAAAGCCACUUUAAAGAGAAUUCAUCAGAGGUUUCUGGAGGAGAUGGGCGUUUCUUCUGCUGACACUGAACUGGAGAUUUUGAUGAAGUAUUACUGCAUUCUGACACGUAAGCCAGAAUAAGAGACACUAAAGUAUAUUUUCUGAAGACCUGCCACUAGCCUACCUCACCACGGUAGAAACUUACAAAUGAAAUUUUCAAUUUUUUUUUUUAUGGUUAGUACAGUGUCAAAGUGGUUAGUACUGCUGCCUCAUAGCUCCAGGGUUCCAGUUCAAGUCCCUGGGCUGGUCACGGCCUAUGUGGAGUUUGCAUGUUCUCUCU